AAAAAAAAAAAAUUUGCAAGAUUUUUACAAGCUUUUUAUUUGAUAGGGAUCGAGAAUCGCUGAAAAAAUUAGAGGAUUAAGCUACGAAAAAUUAAUCAUUUUAUAUAUUCGGCAUGUUUUAAAUGAAAGGCUUGUGUGAAAGUUAAUUAUAUCCAGAGCGGAAUGUUUUAGAAAAUAUAACCAAAUUAGGAGAAAAGUGACAAUUGGAGUAAGUUUUCGCGAGCCCACACGAAACGAGUAGAAAGCCAGGCAAAGAAUAGAAAAAAAGGUAAACGUGAACGGAGCCGCGAAAAUUCCAAAUUUGGGAAAAUCUCGAAAAGCGGUUUAGGCAACUGAUCUGAAGAAGCGCCAGAAUAGAAGAUUCGAAAUAAAAUUGUCGGUCAAGGUUUAACGCCGGCACCCCUUGUUGGUAUUAGGUCGCAAACGAGAGGUAGUUAAUUGUAGGUCCUUGACUUCUUAUCACCGCUGCAAUACAUACACACAAAGACACAUCCCAGAAUGGCCGGCAAAUCCAGACCGAAUUUGAAGUUCACGCUUCAUAAGGAACCCGAGCCGGAAAUUGUGCCACCACGGAAUUUAGACUCGAGUACCACAAUUAAAAUUGGUGAUCGAACCUUCGAAAUUAAUGCUGACAGCUUAGAGAAAAUCGCAGAUUUGGGUCGUGGUGCAUAUGGCGUUGUAGAAAAAAUGCGACACGAACAGACUGGCACGGUUAUGGCUGUAAAACGUAUCACAGCAACUGUAAAUCGAAAAGAACAAAAACGCUUACUAAUGGAUUUAGAUAUUUCCAUGCGUUCGAGCGAUUGUCCCUACACAGUGCAUUUUUAUGGAGCACUCUUUCGAGAAGGUGACGUUUGGAUAUGUAUGGAAGUAAUGGAUACGAGCUUAGACAAAUUCUAUCCGAAGGUGUUCAAAAACAAUUUAACUAUGGAGGAAAGCGUUUUGGGAAAAAUUGCCAUGUCAGUCGUGAAUGCACUACACUACCUGCACGCACAACUUAAAGUUAUUCAUCGCGAUGUGAAGCCGUCAAAUAUUUUGAUCAAUCGCAGUGGUGAAGUGAAGAUGUGCGAUUUUGGUAUCUCUGGUUACUUGGUUGAUUCUGUUGCUAAAACGAUCGAUGCUGGCUGCAAACCAUACAUGGCACCCGAGCGAAUUGAUCCAACAGGCAAUCCUGCUCAAUAUGACAUACGUUCUGAUGUCUGGUCGCUGGGUAUCAGUAUGAUUGAAAUGGCAACUGGCCGGUUCCCUUAUAACUCCUGGAAAACGCCUUUUGAGCAGUUAAAACAGGUCGUGAAUGAGAGUCCACCACGUCUUGAACCUGGCAAAUUUUCACCCGAGUUCGAAGACUUCAUAAUUAAGUGUUUGCAGAAAAACUAUACAGCGCGUCCCAAUUAUGAACAACUGCUUAAACACGACUUUAUUGUUGAGCACAUAGAGCGUGAUACAGAUAUUUCGGAAUUUGUGUCGAGAAUAUUGGAUUUGCCGGAAUAAUCUGUUCAUGCGCGAGCAGUAUAUUUUCACUAAAGCUUCAAUGCAUCUAAAUUGUAAACUAAAAUAGUGGUUAAGUAAACGAUUAAACAAAAGCGAUUAAAUUUCCUUGAGGCCUUCACAGAAAUUUAUCGCAGUGAAUUGAUAACAAAAAAAAAUAAAAUAAAAAUAUGAAAAUAAAAUAAA